GAGAGAGAGAGGGAGAGAGAGAGUGGAGAGCUGCCAGGACUAAGCAUUACAAUCACUCCUGUACUAUCCUGUAUCCGAUAUGGUUGGACUGCAGCAGAGGGGCUCCUGCAUACCUGUUCACCGGGCGCUCAUUUUUUACCCUUCCCUCUCCCCGCGGCACACCGGACCCUACGCCCUCGUCUCCUCCAGCUAGGAUGGAAGGUUUGUAAAGAGAUGACCAUACAAGGAAUGCAGGAGGACCUACGGCCCGAAAGUGCACCAUUCGCAAGCCCCUAUUAGAAAAGCCUGAAACUGAGUAGACGCGACAGACUGGACUAAGUGCUAACGCUCCAGUCAAAGAGAGGAAGAGAGUAUAUCAGACACUCAUAAUCAAAGCUGGAGAGCUGUGCUUAGAGGGAGGGGAGCGAGGAAAGAGAGAGAGCAAGUGAGAGAGAGAGUGAAAGCACGAGGAGGAGAAGCAAAAGAAGGAAAAAUGUGUCUAUCCUGCAACUUUUGAGAGCAUCAACACAAUAUAAUAAGUAUUUGAAACACCACAGAGCAGCAACAAAUCUGUCUUCCGAGAGGGGAGCCAGUCAGUGAGGGCCAGACGCAUUAACGCCAUGUCUGGAAAGCUUCUGUGAGCGCCACUAAGAGGACAUACAUUAAUGAUACAGUGACAGGUACAGGUACAGGUUUUGUACAGGUCCAUUGUUGGAUACAUGUUUUUAUUUUCUUUUUGUGGUCAUCUUAGAUUUUUUUUUUUCUUGAAAAGCUAAUGGCUUGACUUUUGAACUUGUUCUCCAGUUGUUUGCCCAUGACCUUUUUCUUCGACGAUGGAAACUCAGACCCCUGCUCCUCACACUCUCUUCUCUUGCUACAAAUGUCCAUUCUCAGGUAAAAUGAGUGGACUGGGACACUGAGACGGCGCUCAAAAAAAAAAAAAAGAAAAAAAAACACUAGCAAAGCCUGUUGUUCGGAAGCCAGCUGUUCGAAUGAUUAUUGUGGAAGUACCAUUCCUUUUCCUCCUGAUCCGAAAAGGUUCACAAACAACCCCUCAGGGCCCCCCGCCACUGUUUCCCUUUAUCUGUCCGUGUCUAUAACAAGCUACAAAUUGCUAAGCAAAAAUGGCCGCUGGAGUGGCAACAUGGCUCCCCUUUGCCCGGGCAGCAGCGGUGGGCUGGCUGCCCUUGGCAAAGAAGACCAUGCCCAAGCCUCCCAUAGACAAAAAGAGCCGCAGCGACGAAAUCCUUUUUGUAAACGUUAGCGGACUCCGCUUCCAGACGUGGAAAAACACGCUCGACCGAUAUCCCGACACUCUGCUAGGCAGUUCGGAGAAGGAAUUCUUCUACAAUGAGGACACUCAGGAAUAUUUCUUCGACAGGGACCCUGAAAUGUUUCGCCAUGUACUUAACUUUUACCGAACAGGCAAGCUGCACUACCCACGCCACGAGUGCAUUCAGGCCUUCGACGAGGAGUUGGCCUUUUACGGCAUCGUGCCUGAGAUUAUCGGGGACUGCUGCAUGGAAGAGUACCGUGAUCGCAAGAAGGAGAACCAGGAGCGCUUGGCGGAGGACAAUGAGGCGGGGGAAGGGGGAGACGCUCCGCUGCCCCCGAACAGCACCUCUCGUGAGAGGCUGUGGCGGGCCUUCGAGAACCCCCACACAAGCACCAUGGCUCUGGUUUUCUACUACGUCACAGGUUUCUUCAUCGCCGUGUCUGUCAUAGCCAACGUGGUGGAGACGGUCCCCUGCCGGCCAAUUAAGGGCACGGUAAAGGACCUGCCGUGCGGUGAAAAGUACUCCCUGGCCUUCUUUUGUAUGGACACAGCCUGCGUGCUAAUCUUCACCUUCGAGUACCUGAUGCGGCUGUUCGCCGCACCGAGCCGCUGCAAGUUCAUGCGCUCAGUGAUGAGCGUCAUCGACGUGGUGGCCAUCAUGCCCUACUACAUCGGGCUGAUCAUGCCGGAGAACGAGGACGUGAGCGGCGCCUUCGUCACGCUGCGCGUCUUCCGCGUCUUCCGCAUCUUCAAGUUCUCGCGCCACUCGCAGGGCCUGCGGAUCCUGGGCUACACGCUGAAGAGCUGCGCCUCGGAGCUGGGCUUCCUCCUCUUCUCCCUCACCAUGGCCAUCAUCAUCUUCGCCACCGUCAUGUUCUACGCCGAGAAAGGCACCAAGGGCACCAAUUUCACCAGCAUCCCAGCAGCCUUCUGGUACACCAUCGUUACCAUGACGACUCUAGGGUAUGGAGACAUGGUGCCCAAUACCAUUGCGGGGAAGAUCUUUGGCUCCAUCUGCUCUCUCAGCGGAGUGCUGGUGAUCGCUCUGCCAGUGCCGGUCAUCGUGUCCAACUUCAGUCGCAUCUACCAUCAGAACCAGCGGGCCGACAAGAUGCGGGCCCAGCAGAAAGUGCGGAUGGCCAGGAUCCGUCUGGCAAAGAAAGGGACCACCAAUGCAUUUCUGCAAUAUAAAGACGACGGAGGGUUGCAGGAUCAUGACAGUGACAGCACUGCUUUGUGUGUGAAAAACAGAUCUGCCUUUGAACACCAACAUCACCACCUCUUGCACUGCCUGGAGAAAACCACGAAUCAUGAGUUCACAGAUGAGCUGACCUACAGCGAGGUGUGCAUGACCGAGUCCGUGGGUUACCGCACCAGCCGCAGCACUUCCCUUUCCAGCCACCAGGGCGGCUCUAGCUCCUGUUGCCCGCGGCGGGCCAAGCGCAGGGCCAUACGUCUGGCCAACUCCACCGUUUCAGUCAGCCGUGGCAGCAUGCAGGAACUGGACACCCUCCAGGUGCAUAAGACCUCAGUGGCCCCUCAGAGUCGCUCCAGUCUCAAUGCCCGGACGGAAGACCUGAAGUUGAACUGUGAUGACCGAGAUUUCACGGCGGCCAUCAUCAGUAUCCCGACACCCCCAGCCAACACCCCGGACGAAAGCCUCCCGCCGUCGCCCGCCAUCCCUGGCAUCCUGCGCAACUCACGCUCGGGCACAUUCCCCCACGACGCCGUCAAGAUCUCCUCCUUAUAACCUUCCCUCAAGCACACAGGCUCUCCUUCCCACUGCACAACGGAAGGAAGAGAGAGUCAGAGAAAGAGACUGAGAGAGAGAGAGAGAGACACACACAGAGAGAAGAGAAAGAGUGAAAGAGAGCUCAUUCUAGAACAUGUGACAAAGAACUUUUGAGGAGCUUUUACAAAAAAAAAAAAAAAAAGAAACGAAGACAUACCUUUUCAAAACACCUGGCCUCAUCCCUAUUCCAAACCCAAGUUUGUAUUGAGUGUUGGGGUUGUUGCAGGGGGGGCAGGGAGAAGAGUAAAGUUGGAUGGACCAGUUUUGAGCUCUAAAGACCAGAGGAAUGAUGAGUGUAUAUGGAGCAGCUGGAGCAGAGGCACGUAUGUCUGCCACCUCGACCCCUGAGGCUGUAGCUGCUGCGAGAGGCCAUUGAGUGGUUUUGUUUUUUGGUGAAUGGAUGGUAAAGAAGUGAUAAAACGGUAACAGAACCUCACAAGCCUUUGGACUAAAGUAGAUGGCACGUACAGUAUGGUCAGCAACAAAAAAAAAAUGUACAUUUCACAAACAGAAGUUCAUCGCAACAACUUUAAUAUAUGCAACAUUAGACAACCAGGAAAAGUACAUAUACAUUUAAUGUGUGUUCAUUUGCAGGGAGAGAUUAUACAGAUUCUAAGCAGAAAUACAAAGCUAUAUUACUAUAUCAAUAUGUCUUUAAAGAGAGUAAUAUGAAUACCUUAUUGUGCUAUAGAUUUGUUGUCACAGACCUUGGGGGUAAAAGGGAGUAUCAGCUAGUGGUAUAUAUAUGUAACAUAUUUUGUACCAUACCUCUCAAAAUCACAUGCAUCUUCGAAUCCUACCAAAAAAUGUCAGUUUUCUGACUAACCUAAUACCAACAGUGCAUGUUGUUGCCGUAGAUGGCUGAGAACCAAGCUUUGGAGAGGUUGUUCUCACCUAUUUUUGCAUGGAACCUACUCCCUUUUCUUUAUUUUGUUUGUGUUGAUCUUUUCAUUUUUGCUGAUUAUCAGUGAAUUCAACAUUUAUAGACUAAUAAUAAUUUUUAAAAAGUGCUGCACCAGAAGUGUACAAAUAAAAAUGAAAUGAAAAAAUAUAUGAAAUUUAAAAUAAUAAUAAUAAUAAAAAAACAAAGAUUCAGGCAUGUUCUUUGCAAAAAUGCUUUGGUUGGAUGAGUAUGGUUGUGCAGUCCGUGCGUGCGUGUGGUGAGUUGGAGAGGGCUUGUGUUAACGGAUCACAAAUAUGCAUGGAUACCGUUGUAGGUAUUGUAGGUAUGUUCAGGCAGUCCCUUGAGAAAAUCUGAAGCCAUUGUGAAUGGAAUUCGUAGGGAAGGUCACAGGUGUAGGGGUGGGGUGGGGUCAGACCUUUAGCUUUCGGUUAAGACUGCAUUCAUUGUAUUACUGUAAGGGUUUGGAUGGGCUCUUAAGUUUGUUUUGGCUGAAACAGGUUGAGCUUUAUUUCAAUUGUCCAUGUAUUUUUCUCUAUUAUGUUUUAACAUUUGUUAAUCAUGUGGUUCAUGCGCCAAACAUGCUAAGGUGUCGAUGCUAUGGACCAUUCUGACUGAAUAUGUUUUAGUGCUUACAUAUCACCACUUCUUUUCAAGGACAUAUUUUAUGUGUAUUAACAUACAGUAACGGAUGUUGGCAAUAAAUAGUGUAAUUAUUUUACUAAAACAUAAAUGCAUAUUAUAAUUAAUUUUUAAAACUGAAAAGAGUACUUGCACUUGACUGUGAUGACAAAUGUAUUUGUUACUCUGUUUACAGCAACUGUUCCAAAGUUAUUUUUAUGUUGAAUCAUCCAUCGAUGAGUGGGUUGGCUACUGUGAAUGAGAGCUGGGACAGACACCUGCACUGCUGACAGGAGAGCAUUGUUUGUGUGUAGGAGGAUGAGUGAGCAGAGUUCGAUAUGAAAAGCACAGAGGUGUAUAGUAUUCUAUUCCACAAAUAAAGUGCGCAGAAUUCAGA